CAGCAGAACUCAGAGGAACAGCUGACAUACAAUAACAGCAGCACAACUCUGGCUAUGAAGCUGUUGGCAAUUCUUCUCCUCCUGCUGGUUCCUAUCUGGGCCAGCUGUGCGGUUUUGGACUGCAAUGACGUUUAUCGUCAGAAUCCCAGCCGACCCAGUGGUGUUUACACCAUCUAUCCUAUUGGAUCCACAUCUGGUGUUCAGGUUUACUGUGACAUGGACUCACAUGGAGGAAGAUGGACUGUGUUCCAGAGGAGGAUGGAUGGCUCGGUGAACUUCCACAGACCCUGGGAGGCGUACAGGAUGGGUUUUGGGAAUGCUGCUGGAGAGUACUGGCUUGGUCUGGAGAACAUCCACCACCUCAUUCGGCAGAAACAGUACGAGCUGGUAGUGGACAUGGAGGACUUUGAAGGAAACCAGGUGUAUGCUCGUUACACCUCAUUCAGUGUGGCCUCUGAGGUUGAAGGAUACACUCUUUACUUGGGUGAAUACGUCGAUGGAGGAGCAGGAGACACCAUGACACGUCACAGCGGACAAAAGUUUGCCACCUUUGAUCACUACCUACAUGCUGGGACGGAAAACUGUCCAAAAUUAUUUCUUGGAGCUUUCUGGUACUGGAGGUGUUAUUACGGAAACCCAAACGGGGUCUACCUCUGGGGUGCUGAUGGGUCUAAAUAUGAGGUUGGAGUGAUCUGGUACAGCUGGAAGGGCAGUUUCUAUUCUUUGAAGGCCAUAAGCAUGAAGAUGCGCCCUGUUCAGUAAAUCAGCAGCACAAACAUGAAGCCAUUAUCAAACAUGAAUGUUGCACAAUAAAAAAUGAACAGACGAUCUCUGGAGUGUUCUAUUUUGGCACUUUUCCUUUGUUGUUGUCUCCCAAGCUCUCAUUCUGUUACUGCAAAACUCUGCAGGUUGUAUAAAACCAAAAUGUUAUUUAGCAUUGAACGUCCCCUGAUGUUUUCUGCCUUUAAUAGACAUUACGUCACAACCGAGAUAAAGAACAGAAAAAAAAGAUCAUAAAUUGCAAAGAAGGAACUG